AUGGACCAACAGCCAUCCACCGCCCUGACCUCCCUCCCCGAACUGCUUUCAGUCUGUGACGAGCACUCGGACUACAAGGAUGCCAAGCUGUUGUACCGCUUCCGCAAGGACGAUGGGACCUUCCCUCUCAGCAAGGACGUGAAGGUGUUCGUGAGAGGGCAGAGCCUUUAUGAGAAGCUGGUGAGCACGGAAGAGUCCAUCCUGAAGGUGAGAGAGGAGAAUUCGGUGAAAUACCAGAGGACUUUCCUGGGCUGCGAGAUGGUCGACUGGCUCGUUCAGGAGGGAGAAGCAGAGAACCGAAAGGAAGCGGUGGAGCUGGGCCGGGCGCUGCUGGAGCACGGGAUCAUUCAGCAUGUCUCCAACAGGCAUCACUUCUUUGACAGUGACAUCCUCUACCAAUUCUGGACCAACUUUCGACGGAGGCGCCGUCUCACAGAGUUACUCAACGAGAACUCUUCUCGCUCCCUGUCCGAGAGCCCAGACAGCCCCUUCUGCCUUCGCAAGCUCAACCCGGACCCAGGCAACACCAGCUUUCUCUCUGUCCAGACCAACAAGGAGAUCAAAAUUGUCUCAGCGGUUCGAAGGAGCAGCAUCACUUCCCUCUCUGGAAACUCCAACCCCUACUUCAGCCCUACUCCGAUGCUGGUGUUCCCACCCGUGGCCGAGUGCAACCCCAAAUCAGUGUUGAAGAGACCUGUCACCAAUGAAGAGCUCCUGUCCCCUGGGGCUCCCUAUGUCAAGAAAACGCUCACCAUUGUGGGGGAUGCAGUGGGCUGGGGGUUCGUGGUCCGAGGAGGAAGACCUUGCCACAUCCAGGCAGUGGACCCAGGAGGACCCGCUGCAGCUGCAGGGAUGAAGGUGUGCCAGUUUGUUUUCUCAGUGAAUGGGAUGUACGUUCUGCACCUGGACUAUCAGACCAUCAGCAGCCUCAUCAUGACAGGACCACGAACCCUCGUGAUGGAAGUGAUGGAAGCCAUUGAAUGAGCCAAGGAGCCUCAUCCCGCUGGUGUCUGGAAAGGCAGGACACUGCCAAGCCAGGAUGGACCAUGGGGAGGGA